AUGGUUUCAGGUGCGGCGGCAGUCGACCCCACCCACGACGCUACUGCCCGAAUCACUCGUUUGAUUCGAGGACUAGAUUCUCAAGAAACCCGAGAGCAGUCUCUUGACAUUCUCUGCAAGAAUAGACACGCUUGUGAGAAUUUGGCAAUUUUAUUAUGGAAUUCUUUUGGUAUUAUGAGGGUCCUUUUAGAGGUAAUAACUUCAGCUUACCGUCCACUAUUAUCAGGUAGCAUUACAGAAAAGGCGGUAACACAAGUUUGCAAUGCCAUUGCGCUUCUCCAGUCUGUAGCUUCUCACCCUGAUACAAAGAUGCCAUUCAUCAGAGCUACUAUGCCAGUGUAUCUUUAUCCCUUCCUGAACACCAUGAGCAGUGAAAGGAACUAUGAAUGUCUAAGGCUCACCAGCUUAGGUGUCAUUGGCUCCCUGGCAAAGGUUGAUGAUCCAGAAGUGGUCGAAUACCUUCUUUCUACCCAGAUAUUUCCUAGUUGCCUACGCUGCUUGGAGUUUGGCAGGACAUUGUCAAAAACAGUUGCCACAUUUAUAAUUCACAGAAUCUUACUGAAUGAGAAAGGUCUCAAGUACUGUUUCAUUCUUGCGGAACGGUAUCUUGCUGUAAGCCAAUGUUUGGCAAAAGUAAUCGAAAGUCUUGGUGAAGAAGAUGAAGAAAAUUUACCGCGCUUGCUGAGAAACAUAAUCGGUUGUUAUCUCAGGCUGUCGGAAAACCAAAGGACACGACCACAAUUGUCAAGCUACAUUCCGUGGAAGUUGAUGGAUUACAAAUAUGUCAAUAUCCUCCAAGGUGAUCCAGAAUCCCUUGGUAACCUACGACAAUUGAUUCACAAUCUAAAAAUCAGCCGGAGCUCUGCAACUCGAUCUACCAGCGAGUCGCCGGGGCGAUUUAUUCGAUGA